CCCGGCGGCGGGGCGCCCCAGUACCAGCCCUCGGUCAGGGUGGGCUCUCCGCUCGCCCUCGCCGACAUGCAAGCCAGAGUGGCCUCUCCGUCCCAGGCGCAGCUGGGAUCCUCUUCCCCAAAGCGCCCGGGCAUGGCUGCGGUCCCGCAGCACUUGGGAACCACGCUGCAGAGAGCGAUUCACGAUAUGGAGCCGUACGGGCAGCAGUACGACAUAUACGAGAGGAUGGUUCCCCCGCGGCCAGACAGCCUUACAGGCCUGAGGAGUUCCUACGCCAGCCAGCACAGUCAGCUGGGGCAGGAGCUGCGCCCCGCGGUGUCUCCCGACGCGCACAUCACGCCCAUCUACGAGGGCCGGCCGUACUACAGCCCCCUGUUCCGCAGCCCCACGCACGCCCAGCUGCAGCAGGGCUCGCAGGCGGCGCUGUACCGGGCGGGAUCAGGAGUCGGAAAUCUGCAAAGAUCAUCCAGUCAGCGUAGCACACUCACAUACCAAAGAAAUAAUUAUGCUCUGAACACAACAGCUACCUAUGCGGAACCCUACAGGUCGGCGCAGUACCGGCUGUCCGAGGCCAGCUACAGCAGGCUGCAGCACGCCGCGCCCGACGGCGGCACCACGCGCUCCCCCUCCGUCGACAGCAUCCAGAAGGACCCCAGGCAAUUUGCGUGGCGAGACCCCGAGCUGCCCGAGGUGAUCCACAUGCUGCAGCACCAGUUCCCGUCGGUGCAGGCCAACGCGGCUGCCUACCUGCAGCACCUCUGCUACGGGGACAACCGGGUGAAAACCGAGGUGUGUAGGCUGGGAGGAAUCAAGCACCUGGUUGACCUCUUAGAUCACCGAGUCCUGGAAGUUCAGAAGAAUGCUUGUGGUGCACUGAGAAACCUUGUUUAUGGCAAGUCUACUGAUGAAAACAAAAUAGCAAUGAAGAACGUCGGUGGGAUUCCUGCCCUUCUGCGAUUGUUGAGAAAAUCUGUUGAUGCUGAAAUAAAGGAGCUUGUAACAG